AUGCUGGUAGUAGCGGUGGUGUGCAUCUGCUGGACGUUGUGGCUCACCAUACUCACGCUCGCGCCGAACAAGACGGCCAACUACCUCAUGGACACGGCCGAGUUCGACGACGGACAGUUCUGGCUCAUCCCUGAGGAGAUGAGUGUGCUACAAAUUGUCAGCGUUGCGGGACUUCUGGUGGUGGUCGCUCUGUACAUUUACGUGUUGCUCAAGAUGCUCGUGUGGAGAGAAUACCACCACGUCGAGGGCUCAUUUGUCGACCGAGUUCUGAUGCGAUGCGAGCCCAGUCGAACGCUGUCGGACGACUGGUCCAAGCUGGAUUUACUACACAGAGCUUAUAGGCUGGUCUGGGAGCUCUACUUAUUCCUGAAAGAACUUACGGGGUUUCGAGGAAGACAUCGCAAAUUGUGGAAUUUGUGUCUGAAAGCGUUCGACCUGAUGCUGCAGGGGCUUAUGCUUAGCGACUUGUUGGAAGCAGGAACGCCAGUUGAACUCACGUUUGGAUUCGCGGUCUUCACAGCCGUAAACUCGUUACUUUGCGCGGUGGAGAUCAUCAGCCACAGAUACACCGCCUUCGCUGAAAUCCUCAUCGACUCGUUGUUCGACUUGUGCGCGGCCGUGGUGUUCCCGAUCAUCGUGCUCAUGUAUAGCGCUCACAACUUCGACUUUGAUCGCGCCGUGUUCCGAAUCAACAUGGAGUUGUUCCCCGUUGGGAGUUUUGAAAGACGCGCGCGCAUGCUCGCAAACCCGACGGAGAUUGAGCUGUUUCGCGUCUCUUUUGACUCACUACGAAUCCGCACAAUUUCAGAUUUUUUCUUACGAAUUGGUAUGAAUAUUGGGUUUGCCUACCGGUUUAAGCGAGUGGUGGAGGUGCUCAUCCAGAUGCAGACCCAGCGACUUCGGCAACAAGGCAAGAGGAGAGGCUCACAGCUUGAGCAGCACUCAACGCUCUUGACAUCCCCGAGUGUUGUUGGCGGCAAUCGUUCAUGUCAACGAGCAGCGCCAAAGUCGGUCGCUGUCCUUUUCUUCGCCUACAGCGUUGGCGUUGUUGUCGUCACCCAAGAAGCCAUUUUCACGUCUAAAAGCAUUUGUUCCGCUUACCCGCAGUGCGUCGUCUUCGCGUAUCGAUGGCGAGAUGCGCAAUAUUGUCCGUGUCGAGCGCUGAUCGAUGGAGACCGCGCACCGAAAACUUAUCACGAGUGGACCCACCCUGUUGAUGCCACGGAAACUGUAAAAGCGCUGGCGGCGGCGGGCACGUUGGAAACACUUCAGCUCAUUAAUCUACAUCUGACGGUGUUACCAGACGAGCUUCGAGGAUGCAACAACCUGAAUUUUAUAGCGUUGAUCAACUGUGCGACGGAAGAGCUGCCAACAUGGGCGAAAGAUCUCCGCAUGCUCCAGUACUUACAAAUCGAGGGCAAAGUUGGAAGCAAAAACCUUGGCAACUUGGCCGACGACCUGUUCAGCGACAUGCCUGAGCUACGUUAUCUGCAAAUCGGGCUUCAUAAACGAAUGAUUCGCCUGCCAGCACUUGAUGGCGCGCCGAACCUCUCGUGCUUGAUUCUCGCUCGAAUGGGCGAGUUUACGGCGCUGCCGUCGUUAAAGACACUUCCCCGACUGCAGAGGAUGGAAUUUAGCGUCCUAGAGCACUUGUCCUGGAUUCCAGACCUCCCAUCCGUAGGAUCAAUCGUGCACUUCGCCGUGUACCAAGGAGCUGAAUUGUGCUGCAACGGAUUUCUCGGAGCUUGUGACCUCACCAACCCGUUCUGCACUAACGCCACGUGCCUACACGACGCGUCACUAAAAGCCACCACUACAACGCUAGAGGUUUUCCACAAAUUCUCCAGCAACGUCUGCCAGCCAUACUCGGGACUCUCUCAAACGCCGACUGCAGCUACGAUCCAAAUGUGCGACGGAGUUCCGUAUCGACAGUGUCGCCUGCCGGGCCUUGAGCCCGACACGUGGGUCGUGGGGAUGUGCUACAACCACCGCAUGCAGGUUCUGGCCUGCAACCCCGACCCCGUCAAAAUUCAGAUACGCCAUCGCCAGAUUCAGGAGCACGUAGGGGCUCCAUGUGAUCCGGUUGAGGAAGCAUGGCUGGGGUGUGGCAACACAACAACGUAG